CAGUACCAGAAACCAUGAAACACCAUUUUUCCAUUUCGCCGGCUGGCCUCGCACAUGCGUUAUUGCUUCCAUUCGAUUCGAGUCCCACAGCACGCACAUGUUGCGGGAUUAUGUCUGUUCGGUACUGCUCGGCCAGUAGGGCGGCGCUGCGGGAGUACUUAUCACAGCACCCUGGCACGAGAUUUCGUAUCAAUGUCCUACAACGACGCGAUAGGUAGGUACGGGAGUUG